AUGUCAUUCUUCUCAGGUUUAAUUGAAACUUUUGCCCCAACAUUGGCUUUUGCUGACAACGACGCUGAAACCGUUGUGGAUAACUCAACUAGAUCAACUAACGAAUCUACACCAUCAAGUACAACUAUUGAAGGUAAAGAUGAAAACAAAGAAGGUGAUGCUAAACCGAAUACUCCAGAUGCUGACCUUUCAAAAGAAAAAUCACAACAAGAUGAACCAAAAGGUGAACCAAAACCUGCACAACAAGAUGAAAAAGUAGAAGAAAAGAAAGAAGAAGAACCAAAGGAAGAAGAAGAAGAACCAAAGGAAGAAGAAGAAACCAAAGAAGAAGAACCAAAAGAAGAAGAACCAAAAGAAGAAGAAUCAUCCGAAGAAUCAUCUGAAGAAACUAUUGAAGAAUCCGAAGAAGGUGGUGACGAUGAAGACGAAGAUGAUGAAGAUGAAGAUGAAGAUGAAGACGAAGACGAAGAAGGUGGUGAUCCAUUAGAUACAUUAAGAGAAGAAUGUGCUCAACAUGAAAGCAUUAAACCAUAUGUCCACCACUACCAAGAAUGUGUUGAAAGAGUUACCAAAGAACAAGAAGAACCAGAUUACGAAGACAAAGAUUACAAAGAAGACUGUGUUGAAGAAUUCUUCCAUUUACAACAUCAUCUUAACGACUGUGUCGCUCCAAGAUUAUUCCACAAAUUAAAGUAA